AUUAUUUAUGUCUCCUAAAAAGCUCGAUCAUACCUUUUAUUUGAAUGAAUCCAUUAAAACCAAAGGCCCUUUGGUCUCAUAAAUAAUAGAUGAAGAUGCAUUUUUGGUGUGGAGCAACAACAAAGUAAAUAACUCAAGAAAUAACUUUUUAUCAUGAACGCGUCUUGGUGGUGUGGAAUUGUGGGUUGCGUACUGAGGUUUUCUCAAGGAAAUUGCGUAGCAGCUUUACGCAGGAGAGUGUGCAAGUUUUUACAGGAUUAAAUUCCAUGCUUCCCUAGCUCAUUAAAAUCUUCAAACCCUAAAAAUUAACACAAAAGUGUGCGUUUGAAAAAUUAGCUCAAAGCCAUUUGAUUUCAUCAUAUCUUCUUCGUCGAUCAAGAUCUUCAAUCAUAAAAUCUACCCACUAGCUAGCUAGUAUUCAAAAAGAAACUGAAAAUCCUACCUUUAAUCUAUAUCAGUAUCAUUAAUUUCAAGUUCUUCAAACCCUACAAGCUACAGCCCAUAAGUUUUCUUUUAAUUAAGAACAUGAAGAUCAAAACCCUUUGAUCUCUUUGUCUUCUAACUUUUCAUCACUUUUUAUAGAACUUGCUUUUUUCAGGUGGGUUGGUCGAUCGCAUUCUAACACAGAGCUAUAUUUGCCUAAACGAUGGACCAUUAUUAUCAGAACCUUGAAUUUCAGGAUUAUGAGUCGUCGGCGAAUUCAACUUCAGCACCAAUAAACUUAAAGUUGAUAUUUUCAGACGAUGUGGUCGUUUCUCCGGUGUUCACGAGACAAAAGAUCACCGGAAAAAACGGUGGAAAUGAGUCCAUCAAAGUCAUCUUGGUUGAUGCCGAUACACACGAACAAGUCACCACAGGGCCGAUGGCCUUCUCGAAUGUGAAGAUAGUUCUACUUCGUGGAAAUUAUGAUGGCACCACCAUGGAAGAUGGCGAGUUCGAGAAAAACAUCGUGGUCAACUGGGGGAAAAAGAAAAAUCUUCUUGUCGGUGAUGUUUAUGUUCAUCUUCAACAUGGAACUGGAACAAUCGGUGAAAUCCGAAUCCAACACGAUAAAAAUCAUAUCAGAAUUGUUGAAUUCCGAUUGGGAGCAAUGGUUGUCGAUUCAUCUUGUUCCUAUCAGGUCAAACAGGCUAUAUCACAAUCUUUUAAAGUCAAGGAUCGUCGAAAUGCUCAAAAGUCCCUCAGAUCGUUGUCUCCAACAGACAAGGUGUGGCAGCUGAAGAAUAUCAGUAAAAAUGGCGUCAUCAAUAAGCGUCUGGAGAGAGCAAACGUCUGUAACGUGAACGCUUUUCUCGAUAUGUAUUAUUCCAAUCCUCAAGCCCUCCAAGAGAUAUGUCGUGUCAAAGGCAAAAACUGGGAGACAACCGUAAAUCAUGCGAAAACAUGCAACGUAGACGUAGUGGGUAAUGCUAAUUAUAAGGCCUCCGGACGAAUUGAAUCCACCUCUCAAGAAUCGAACAUUCCAUCAUCCUUUGAUGAUGAUUGUUAUUUUACGCAGCCUUAUGAAAACGACUCUAUGAUUGUGGAUAAUAAUUUUUCGAUCAAUGAUGUUGAAGAAUGUGAUAUGGAUGUAUGGUUACAUGAAAAUGAUGAAGGGUCACUACUAUGUCAAGACUCUCGAGAAGAUGGAAUUCGUUGUGCAUUGAGUAUGGUUGAGUUUGAGGGUGCUAAGGCAAAAAAAAGAUGGAUGAAAAUGCGUACAUUGUUGUUCUCGAUUGCAUCUUUUAUGUGUGGGUGCGACAUGGUUGGCUAAGAUGGUUUCAUCCGGC